CAUUCCUUCAUUAGCAUCAUCCAAUCCAAACAUAAACUGCCUUGUCAUAAAUCUGGAAUAUGUGAAUUGUAUGUGGACUGAGCAGGGAAACCAAAAGCACCAUUACACAUUUGAGUUCAGGUUUGCGAAUUAUGACCAACUGAAAUGUCCUAAAUAUCACAAGAUGAACGGUGUUAAUAUGGGCUGCGUGUUUCCAUACACUGAAACUCAAAGAUUCAGUUCGCUAGACACGUGGUUGUAUUAUAACAACGGCAGUUUGGCGACAAAGCAGACGCAUCAACUGAAACAACAGGUGAAGCUUUAUCCUCCGUAUAACCUGACUGUUGAGGCGAGAAAGGACACCGAACUGUGGCUUUAUUGGAAUGUUACGCAAAACAAGAACUGCAUUGAAAGUGAAGUUCGCCACAGGAUGGGCAACAUGGACUGGCAGAACAAAAAACCAUCCAACAUAAACUUCUUCAGCUUACCCUUCCCCUCCAAAAAACGGUACGAGUUCCAAGUCAGGGCCCGGGUGGGGUCAGCUUGUGGAGAGUCCAAGUUUUGGAGCGACUGGAGCGAGCCGGUGUACUGGGGACCUUCAAAGCCCAACAAUAACACAGAUAGCCCAGUUUCAAUGUCUAUGACAUCAGUGGUGCUGUGUACAGUAGGAGCUACAAUAAUGCUCAUCAUACUCUCCUGCUUGCUGGUCCACAGUGAAAGAUUAAGGAUAAUCUUGAUACCGGUGGUGCCAAACGCAGGGCAAAAUGUGAGCAAAUACCUUGCUGCGUUUUUCGACAACUAUGAUGGCAACGUAGAGAAAUGGCUCUCCAUCUCCAAAGACCUGGAGAAAGGCUUCAAACCCAAUUUCACCGAGCGUGCCUGUCCUGUGCGCGAGUACAGAAUAGUGUCCCAGUCGAGCAGUGACAGCGGAAGUGUCCUCUCAAUCCCAACAGAUCUGUCAUCAGAUUAUCAAUGCAUGCAGACCUAUUCAUCUGCCUCCACCAUACCUUGACCUGCCGAGACCUCCCCGAUUCAGUCUCCAUGUCAGGCAUAUAAUCCAGUUUAGAUGACAGUCUGUUAGAAGUUAGUCAAACACACUAUCUCUCCUAACACGGUCUCAUUCUGUCCUAACACCUUCUUUCUAACAUCGUAUCUUUUAGAUGAAAAAGUGUUAGGAGAGAUAGUGUGUUAGUGUUGGGUAGUUAGGUAAAAAUAUAGCUAUUAAACGUUUUCUCAAAUCUUUUCGUUUCUUGAGAUAUGACAGAUAUGAUAAUGCUAUAUAUUGUGGUGGAAAAGAAGUCGAUUUUAAAACAUGUUUGUGUUUUAUACAGUAUGAACAUUUUGUUAUACGAGUCCAUACAUAUAGGUCAAAAUUGUAUUAUUUGUUUUUUUUCAGAUUAAUGUUAUGUGUAACUCAUGCUGCUCAGAAUAAGGAGAGAGACUGGUUUUAGGGCAUUUUUGUAGUUUAUUUUGAUAUGACAGUCAAGAACAACAUAUUUUUUGGGGUGGUGCAGAAUAACGGUUAAACGCUCUAGAGAUUAAAAAGAGAUUAAAAAGGUUGUAGCCCAGGGUCACCACUGUGGAAAGUAUAACGCAAGCAGCUAUAGAUAAAGCCUCUGAUAUGUACAGUAUAUACUCAGAAUCUGUAUUGAACGACUCAUAUCUAUCAGUCUCUGACAUCGUUUUUGGAAACUUUUAACUUUUUUUAUAUUUUCUCCCACUUUAAUAUAAUUAGUUUUGUUCUAUGACAGAUGCUAGAACAUUUUGUUUAAUGUAUGUGAAACUGCUGUUUAAGAUAUUUGAACACAUACUGUAUUUGAUGUGUCAAAUUGAAUGUAAUUCAUUUGCAAUAAUUCAAUAAAAAGUACGCCUAGAGUGAAUUGCAACAUCUAUGAUUGAUUUGCUGUUAUUGAUCCAUUUAUUGAUUUACUUAACAAUAGAUGCUUCUGUUUGUGCAGCUUGUGUUGAUCUUCAACUCGGCUACUUAUCAAAGACAAUUAAAGUUUUUAUAGGCCAAUAUUUUCCAAAAUCAAAACAAAUUAGGUUCUGGCUAAGUUAUAUUUGUGUAUCUGUCUUAACCAGACACUUUAUAAACAAUUAGAAUAGGGCUAAUUGUGAACUUUUAUAAAGUUUUACCUACUAUAUCUCAAAAACCUACUAUAAAUAAAUACCACUCACAGUAAACAAAGUGUAGGACUGCAGAGACAUAUUGUGUAAUAAAUUAUUCUGUAAGACUAGAGCAAUCUCUAAUUGUCUAAUCACAUUUCUCCUAAUAUGGUCUCAAUCACCACACAAGCUAAAGUGUUU